CAUAACGGAUAAAAGCGGGAUCCCAUCCAACCCUUCACAACCUUCCCACAAAAUCACACACAGUCACACACUACAUAUGGCAACUACUUCAGUGACAACGUUAAUGUCCUCUAUUUUCUCAACCUCAGUUGCAUCAAAUCCGAAAAUACCAGCACCCCUUUUGCAGUCAUCUUCUUGCAUGCAAUCCCAUCAAGAAUUUCCCCAGCUAAGUCUCUCAAGAAGAAACCUGUUCAAUGGACUUGCUAUAGUGCCAUUAUUACUAACAUCACCAGCUAAAGCUCGUGAAGUUGAAGUGGGAUCUUACCUCCCUCCUUCCCCAGCUGACCCUUCUUUUGUUGUCUUUGAAGCUACUCCCAAGGACACUCCUGCUCUUCGUGCAGGAAAUGUGCAGCCAUACAAGUUCAUUCUUCCACCAACUUGGAAACAGCUCCGCGUAGCAAACAUUUUGUCAGGCAAUUACUGCCAACCAAAGUGCGCAGAACCCUGGGUAGAGGUGAAGUUUGAAGAUGAAAAACAAGGAAAGAUUCAGGUGGUGGCUUCUCCUUUAAUACGCCUGACCAACAAACCUAAUGCAACAAUUGAAGACAUUGGAAGUCCAGAAAAGGUCAUUGCUUCUCUGGGCCCUUUUGUUACUGGAAACACCUUUGAUCCAGAUGAACUCCUUGAAACUUCUGUUGAGAAGCGUGGUGAUCAAAUGUACUAUAAGUAUGUUCUCGAGACUCCAUACGCUCUGACAGGAUCGCAUAAUCUUGCAAAGGCAACAGCCAAAGGUAACACUGUGGUCCUCUUCGUCGCCAGUGCCGAUGACAAGCAAUGGCCGUCAUCCAGGACAACAUUGCAAGCGAUCCUGGAUUCCUUCGAAGUGUAAUUUCUUACAGAAUUCUUAGUCAAGUUCUCUUUUACUCUUUUGACCUGAUAUGGGGUUAAAAUGUGCGCCUGUUGAACCAAAAUGUUCUGGUUUACAUGUCCUAUACCUCCCUAUGUUCUUUGCCUGCAUUAACACAACGCAGGAAAGCCAUGUCGAAGUUUGAAAAGCGUUUCUGAUGUAAUGAGCCCUGAAGGAUCAAUAAUGUUCCUUUUGUACUUCACGACCAACCCCAAGAAGUGGAAGGCGGAGCAAUUACAAACGUCUGGAAAUUAAGUGAUAAUUGUCAUUACAAACCGUUCA